AUGACCCUAAAAAUAGUUCGAGUUAAAUUAUAUGAUUUUUUCCAAUUGAUGGUUAGAUAUUUGCAUAAGAACUCUCGUUGCGGAACAACCUCUUCUUUAAAUAGUAAUUGGAUUUCUUCUUCUGCAUACAUUAGUAUGCAGAAGUAUCGUCCUAUAGCAUAUAUUGGUGGAAUGACCUUAAUAGCGUUUGUUUCCGUGUGGAUUUUUAUGCAAAAACAUAUAUCUGAAUUGUCCAAAAAUGCCAAAUAUGGUGGGUUUUCUCCGAUCCAUCGGGAGAGAGUCACGAGCACCAUCAGACGCAAAAAGGUAACCUCUCAAAAUACCUCGAGGAGGUGUGAAGUUAAAAAUGUUAUCAACAAUGUACAAAAUAGAAUUUCUAUUACUCUUAAUAAAAUUAGAUCAAUUCAAAUCGAUGAUGUUACCUGUGAUUAUGAUGAUUUAAUGAACGUAGAAUCACCAUCAUCAUUAUUUUUAAACGCCGCCUUCGAAACCGUUGAACAAGAUAGAUAUGAUCAAGAUGUUUGUCUUGCGACUAAACUCGAAAAACAGAUAGAAUUAGAGAAUGAUGUCGAAUUCAUCCUUAAUAUGAUUAAAGGAUCAAAAGACUCUUAUUCUAAUGGUGAGAGUUGUUGGAUUAGUAAUAAUUAUUCCACGAUCCCUGUGAAUAUUAACGACUCACAGAAAUCUGGAAAAAAAGUAGUAACUUUUGCAACACUUGCAUCAGAUAUCGAACAAGCGUCCCAACGUAGAAUAAUGAGAGAUUUUGAAAUACUUAAAGUUUUAAAACAAAAGAAAAUCACCGAGGAAAUUACCGAAGGAAGUUUAAAAAGUGCAAUUGAGAUUGUAAAAACACAAUCUUCAGCAAGAGCUAGAAGCACAAGGCGAUUAAAGCGACCACAUAAGAUGAGUUAUGAGAUCGAUGAUGUUAAUAAAAAGUUCCUAUAUAUUGAUUCAUGGAAGAAAGACAUGAUUGAUAGGCUUAAUGAUUUAGAGUGCGAGUUUAAUGCUUUAGAAGAAAUGAUCGAUGAUAAUCGGAUACUUACAGAGUCGUUUGAGGCAAAAAAAAAUAAGGAUGGUGAAGGUUGA